GGCUUCAUCCUUUUUUUCUUGACAAAAUCCUUUCUGUCCUUAUCUCCCACACUUCCGGACUACGUUGCCAUAAGCGGCCGGUAGCCAGUUCCCAGUUCACCAAAAACUUCUCUCACUCACUGGGUGAGAGAGAGAGAAGGUGUGGAUUGGCAAUGGGUCCUUUGACGUUAGCUUUGGAUGCCAAGAACUGCUCCCCCUCCUCACAUAGAUCCAAUGGGAAAAUUCAAAAUGUCCAGUUCAAUCCAAAGAGGUUUUUUGCAUCAAUAAGCACACAAGAACAGAAGCCAUUUGAUUUCUUUCGUACUUUAGUUGAUGGUGUUAUAGCAGGAGGCACAGCAGGCGUUGUUGUUGAGACUGCGCUGUACCCUAUUGAUACUAUAAAGACUCGGUUGCAGGCUGCUCAAGGAGGAGGAAAAAUAAAUCUUAGAGGCCUGUAUUCUGGAUUGACUGGUAACCUUGCUGGAGUCCUGCCGGCAUCUGCUGUUUUUGUUGGUGUAUAUGAACCCACAAAGCAAAAAUUGCUGAAGCUUUUCCCUGAAAAGUUCAGUGCAGUUGCUCAUCUGACAGCUGGGGCCAUUGGAGGUAUUGCAGCUUCUCUUAUUCGUGUUCCAACAGAGGUUGUCAAGCAACGGAUGCAGACUAGACAAUUUGCUUCUCCACCUGAUGCUGUUCGUUUAAUCAUUUCCAAGGAAGGUUUUAGAGGUCUUUAUGCGGGAUAUAGAUCAUUUUUACUGAGAGAUUUGCCAUUUGAUGCAAUCGAGUUCUGCAUCUAUGAACAGCUUCGAAUAGGCUACAAGAUGGCAGCAAAGAGGGAUUUGAAUGAUCCUGAGAAUGCUGCAAUUGGUGCUUUUGCUGGCGCCCUAACUGGAGCUAUAACUACACCAUUGGACGUGAUCAAGACAAGGUUAAUGGUCCAGGGAUCAACAAACCAGUAUCGAGGCGUAUUUGAUUGCGUGCAGGCUAUAGUAAGAGAAGAAGGGCCUCCUGCUCUUUUAAAGGGCAUCGGGCCAAGAGUGUUGUGGAUAGGCAUUGGUGGUUCAAUAUUCUUUGGUGUUCUUGAGAGCACGAAGCGUUUUCUAUCCCAGAGGCAUAACACUAGUGAUAAAUCUUUGGACAAAAAGCAGGAGUGAAAGGUUAAUUUUUGUUGCAAUGAAUUAGGGUCCACUGCUUGUUUUUGGAUCGAAAGUUCAUAAACAGAGAAAUAUAACCCAAGUUCUUAUCAAUGAACUUUAUGCCAA